AUGGCCCCACGAACCUCUCUCGCCGCCCGCCCCGCCGGCAAAACAACAGCAGGCAAAGGCAUCAAAACAAAAGCUCCACGCCGCAGCUCCACAGGCGCAGUAAAGCAAUCACGUCGCUAUAAACCCGGCACCGUCGCCCUCCGCGAGAUCAGAAAGUAUCAACGCACCGCCGAAGCAUUCCUGGUACACCUCUUUGAAGACACGAAUCUAUGCGCCAUCCACGCCAAACGGGUCACUAUUAUGCAAAAAGACAUUCAAUUGGCGAGGAGGAUUAGAGGUGCUUGGGGUGGUCUUGGUUAG